ACAUCUUUGUGACCACCUGAGGAUGCCAAACUGGGGUGGAGGGAAGAAAUGUGGCGUGUGCCAGAAGGCGGUGUACUUCGCUGAGGAGGUGCAGUGUGAAGGCAGCAGCUUCCACAAGUCCUGCUUCUUGUGCAUGGUCUGCAAGAAGAACUUGGACAGCACCACUGUUGCUGUGCAUGGAGAUGAGAUCUACUGCAAGUCCUGCUAUGGCAAGAAGUACGGCCCCAAGGGCUAUGGGUAUGGGAUGGGUGCCGGGACCCUGAGCACCGACAAGGGCGAGUCUCUGGGAAUCAAAUAUGAAGAGGGCCAAUCCCACCGACCCACCAACCCGAACGCAUCCAGAAUGGCUCAGAAGGUCGGCGGCUCUGAUGGGUGCCCGCGCUGCGGCCAAGCGGUGUACGCAGCCGAGAAGGUGAUUGGAGCUGGAAAGUCCUGGCACAAGUCCUGCUUCCGCUGCGCCAAGUGUGGCAAAAGCUUGGAGUCCACCACCCUGGCAGACAAAGACGGGGAGAUCUACUGCAAAGGUUGCUACGCCAAGAACUUCGGGCCCAAAGGCUUUGGCUUCGGGCAGGGGGCCGGGGCGCUCAUCCACUCGCAGUGAGGCACCAGGAGCCGGGCUCUGCUCCUCCCGGGCUCCUGCAGCCCAGCCCUGGGUUUCCGCACACCGCAGCGAGCUCCCUCACCUCCUCCAUCCCCGCCUGCUGCUUUGCGGCACCAGCGCCUUCCCCUGCCCCGACCCAGCGCUCCCCGAAGCUGCGGGAGCCCCAUUGCCACCACGGGUCCCUUGGCACGGGCACACAGCUCGCUCCCACCCGCAGUGAGGCUCCCAACGUUCCGCUCCGCGUCGCCUGUCCCGCCGGGAUGAGCCGCGCUGCGUCACCGAGCAAGGAAUAAACAUCAAAGCUGACCCAA